AUGAAAGUCCAAGCCAACAAGCUCCUUCGCAACAAGGUCCAAGCCAACAAGCUCCAAGCCAACAAGCCCCAAGGCGGCAAGCUCCUAGCCAACAAGCUCCAAGGCAACAAGCUCCAAGUCAACAAGCCACAUGGCAACAAGCUCCAAGGCAACAAGCCCCAAGGCAUCAAUCACAAUGGCGACAAGCUCCAAGGUAUGGCAACUCAACCCACCAAGGGGAAGGAGGCGUGGGAGGGCAAUGACAAGGAGGAGUCCGUUUGGGAGGAGGCUUUGAGGACGGUGCAGAAGAAGGAGAAGGAAGAACUUGAGAGAAAGAGGCAGGAGGAGAUAGCUAAGAAGAAGGCGGAAGAUGACCAUAUGCAAAGGGGGUAUGAGGAAUACCUAUUGCGCCACAAGAGGAGGAAUGAGAAGCUCCAGGCCGAACGGGACCGGCUAUGGAGGGAAAAAUUCCAGAGGAACAUGCAACUUGCUCAACCAGCGAGGGAGAGGGCCAAUAGGAUACACCUAGAGGAGGUGGCUAAGGAGGCUAAGCGCAUGAGGGAGGAAAGAGCUCAAGCAGAAGCUUCAAAGACGGAGGAGCGCCACCAUUUCUUCGACUCGGUUUGA